GGAGGCGGGGCCUAGCGUCACGGAACUCCGCCCGGGACAGCUUGGUAAAGUCCGACCUCAGCUCCCCUGACGUGGACCAGCUGAGACCACCGCGAACACGUGCACCAUGGCCGUGACCCUGGGUUACUGGGAUAUCCGCGGGCUGGCCCAUGCAAUCCGCCUGCUUCUGGAAUACACCGACUCAAACUAUAAGGAGAAGAAGUACACGAUGGGGGACGCUCCGGACUAUGACAGAAGCCAGUGGCUGAAUGAGAAAUUCAAGCUUGGCCUGGACUUUCCCAAUCUGCCCUACUUAAUUGAUGGGGCUCACAAGAUCACCCAGAGUAACGCUAUCCUGCGCUACAUUGCCCGCAAGCACGACCUGUGUGGGGAGACAGAAGAGGAGAAGAUCCGCGUGGACAUCCUGGAGAACCAGGUUAUGGACACCAGCAUGGACCUGGCCAGGGUGUGCUACAGCCCUGAUUUUGAGAAGCUGAAGCCGCAGUACUUGGAGGGGCUCCCUGACAAGAUGAGGCUCUUCUCAGAGUUCCUGGGGAAGCGGCCGUGGUUUGCAGGGGACAAGAUCACCUUUGUGGAUUUCCUUGCUUAUGACAUCCUUGACCUGAACCGUAUCUUUGAGCCUAAGUGCCUGGACGCGUUCCCAAACCUGAAGGACUUCAUUGCCCGCUUUGAGCUGCUUUGCUGUUACUUCAGGAAACAGCUGUGAUAAAGUAGAACAUCAUUCAAUGUGCAAAGACCCAGAAUCCCGCAGUAAUGCUUUGGCGGAGUAUGAGUCCGAAUACGGCUUGGAUGUUAAAGAAGCUGCAUUAACCUACAUAAUUGCUCCUGUAAUCACACAGAAAGGAGAGGCCUUAGAGGACUUCAAAGGGCCUGUGAGUCAGAAUCGACUGUACACACACAACAACAACGAUACCUUGGAGCCCUGGUAGCGUAGUCGUUAAAAGCCCGGCUGCUAAUCAAAAGGUUGGCAGUUUGAAUUUACCAGCCUCUCCUUGGAAACUCUAUGAGGCAGUUCUGCUCCAUCCUAUUGGGUUGCCAUGAGUCUGAUUCAACAGCAAUGGGCUUUUUUUGUUUCAUUGUUAACUGUCAGAGACAAGCCCUGAUUUAAAAAAGUAGAAAAAUUCUGAAGUGGUAAAUAUUAGGAUUCUUCCUGCAUAAAGGUAAUAUUGGGUGCUAUCAGGAUGGUUAAUGCAUAAUGUCAAAUAAUUAUAAAUGGAAUUUUACGAAAAAUGCUUCGUGGUCAUUAUGGAUUGAAUCGUGUCCCCCCAAAAUGUGUGUCAACGUGGCCAGACCAUGAUUCCCAGUAUCAUGUGAUUGUCCACCAUUUUGCCAUCUGAUGUGAUUAUCCUAUGUGUUGUGAAUCCUAUCUCUAUGUUGUUAAUGAGGCAGGACUCAAUCUACAAGGUUAGGUUGUGUUUUAAGUCAAUCUCUUUUGGGAUAUGAAAAAGAGAAGCAAGCAAAGAGACAGUGGAACCUCAAACCACCAAGAAAAUAGUGCCAGGAGAAAAGUAUAUCUUUUGGACCCGGGGUCCUUGUGCUGAGAAGCUCCUAGUCCAGGGGAAGAUUGAUGACAAGGUCCUUCCUCCAGAGCUGACAGAGAGAGAAAGCCUUCUCCUGGAACUGACGCCCUGAAUUUGGUCUUCUAGCCUUGUAAAACUGUGAGAGAAUAAAUUUCUC